AUGCGCUCGAUCACACGGGCGGCCUUUCGCCCGUACGUUUGCCCAUCCUGCCGGCAUGGCAUUGGCGCUGGCCGACGGCAAUUGCGCACACAAGCCGCCCAAUCCGCCGAAAUCUACGAUGUAGUCUGCGUUGGGGGUGGACCGGCCGGUCUGGGGUUGCUGGCUGCACUACGAGCUUCACCGAUCACCUCCAAGCUUAAGGUCGCCCUCGUCGAAAGCCAGGACCUCGGCAAGGCUCGUGGAUGGAACCUCGACUCCAGCCAGUUCUCCAACCGAGUCAGCAGCUUGACACCAUCCUCCGUCGAUUUCUUACAGAAAAUUGGUGCUUGGGAGCACCUUGAUAUCGAUAGAGUGCAGAACUAUCAGGAAAUGCAGGUGUGGGAUGGCGAGACCGGGUCCCGGAUAUCCUUUGAUCGGUCUUCGGAAACACCUGCAUUUGAGGAUUUACAAACCGUUGCUUCCAUGACUGAGAACGCCAACCUUGUUCGCGGACUGCUACGCCGCAUUGAAGCCUCAGGAGACGAAAACUUGACAUUAUUUUCUAAUCACACUGUUGCUUCCAUCGAGAAUGGAUCCGAUCUUCAGGCUGAAGGGCCCGAUCUGUCAGCUUGGCCCAUUCUUUCUGUGAAACCGACAGGGCCUAACGCCGAGACGCUCGCACCGACACGGAUUGCUGCUCGACUUCUCGUCGGCGCAGAUGGGAUUAACAGUCCCGUGCGCUCGUUCGCAGAUAUCCCCACUCAGGGCUGGGACUACAACCGUCACGGUAUUGUGGCCACACUCGCACUUGCAGACCUUGACCCAUCCGCGCUCAGCAACACCCGUACAGCUUACCAGCGCUUCUUGCCUUCAAUUGGCGGACCUAUCGCCUUGCUCCCGCUCCCUAACAAUCAUGCAACUCUUGUCUGGUCCACUCGACCUGAGCACGCCGCAUACCUUAAAUCUCUCCCCAUGCCGGCUUUCAUCGCCAUGGUCAACGCGGCGUUCAGCCUCUCUAUGACAGAUCUCUCGUACAUGAUGGGCAUUUCCCAAUCAUCAUCUGAACAGACAUCGCAUGAAGACGAGCUCAAUUGGCGGCUCCAGCAUACCCCGCAACCAUCUCACAUUCCACCCAAGGCUAUCGGAGUGCAAGAAGGAACUGUUGCUUCAUUCCCACUCCGCUUCCGUCAUGCGGCUCAGUACAUCUCUCCCCGUAUCGCCCUUGUCGGCGACGCAGCUCACGUCAUUCACCCGCUUGCUGGCCAGGGCCUGAAUCUUGGGUUGGCAGAUGUUGCCGCUUUGUCGCGGACCAUCGAGUAUGCAGUGAGCCAUGGCAUGGACAUUGGAGAUCUUCUUACGCUAGAACGAUACUCCUCUGAGCGGUAUUUGCCCAAUGCUAAGAUUGGCGGUGCCUGUGAUUUGUUACACAAAAUGUACUCCGUCACUGGACAAAAUCCCAUUACCUGGGCUCGCAGUCUAGGACUAGAGGUCAUUGAUCGGUUACCAUUCGUGAAGUCCUUUUUGAUGAAGAAUGCUGAAGGCUAUUAA